UAUUUUUGGCCUUUAAUUAUGUAUUUUUUCAUUUUAUUUGGAAUUUUCUAAAUUGUGAUUCAGCAUAAAAAUGGCAACGGCUAACUACUGCAAUCGUAGAAAGCCAGUAACUUGUAAGCGCUUAACAAAGUAUUCAAGAACAAAUGUAGAUUUAUUGAUGGCAGAGAAAAUAGUUUGUCCGAAUUGUGGUACAGAAAUUGGUGGUAAGGAAAAAAAGAGAAAGGACAGUGUUGUACCCUCUAAGCCAAGUACUAAGGAGAAGGGUAUUAAUAAUGCCAGGAAAAGUGGAAAAACUUCUGUGGUUUUGGAUAAAAAACCUUUAUGUACACCAAUUACGAAUUCCAUCAGUAAAGAUAUGAAUGGAAUGACUGAUGCAGUAUAUACGCAAAAUUAGAUAAAAAAACUCUGAAGGAUAUACAACUAGAACAGUCUCUUAUUGCUAGACGUCAGAUGACUAAAAAACUUAAUUUUGGUCGUCAUCAAAAAGUGUUCAAGAAUCUUAUUCCUUUAGACGUUGAUGAAUCCAUUAAAUAUUUGAA